AUGACUGAAGUUUCUGGCCUGGGUGUCUGUGGAUUGCAGAGCUGUUCAAGAAGACACUCAAAUCCUUAUAACUGUGUUACAAUUGCCUACAGUGUUCAGUACAGUAGCAUGCUGCACAGUUUGCUAAGGAAAAUUAUCAAAAUGGACCACAUCUUAGACAUAUCCAGUGAUGAGGAUGACACGUCCUCUGAAAACCCUCAAACUGAGUUCCUUCACGAGGAUACAUUGGAGCUGAUGGGUGAUCGUGACCAGGACCUGCAGAGUGAACAAGACAAGCAAGAAACAGAUAUCAUUCAUGAGGACCCUCAAGUGUCCACAUCUUUGCAGUUUUCAAAGGAGAACAUUCCUGAAUUGAGUCAAGAGAGCAUGUUAUUCAAGCUAAACUACUGGAAUGCAAAGUUGGGUCUGCAAGCAAAAGAACUUGGAUCUGAUCACAUAGGCUGGAUGGAGAAAAUCAACAUGAUUAUGCGAAAAAUAGAUGUAACAGAAAACACAGUGAAGAGCUUAUUAAAUGAGGUGAUGUCCCUGGAGUGCCAGACUGAAAAGCUGGAUGACCAGGACUUUGACCCUGAUAAGGAGGCAAACAUCGAGGUAAAUGAUUGUAAUGAAGUUCAUGAAUUAAAGGAAAAACUCAUUGAAAGAAUGGAGAACUUUCGCAAGAACAUGACUCUGCUGAAUACAAAGCUGGGGAAGUACCAAAUGCAAGAAGAAAGAACAGACUUUCACAGUUCUGUAGAAAUGGGUAUUGAAGAAAUGGAGCCACUGCUUUCUCAGGCUCCACCACCCCGUUUAGGACAGAACUCUCCUCCCAGCGUUACAGGGUGGAAAUAUGCACUGAGGAUUUUCAUCAUGUUUUAUGUCAUUGCCUUCACUGGACUUUCAUGUUACAUACUAUUUUUGAUCCUGUUUCUCUUUGAAAGUGUGCUCUCUAGAAUGCUUGGGUGACGAGCAAUGUGGGAACUACGGGAGAUGAUUGCACCUUUCUUGAAUUUGGAAGUGGAAGACUUGUUACCCUCAUAA